GCACUAGGCUCAUACAUUCACAAAUACUGAAGUAUGUUUUGAUAGAUGGUUAUAUCUGAAAAUAGUCCUACAUUUUUUGUAAUGUUGUGAAAUUUUAAUUUUGUUCUUAAAUUUGUUAUUUGUGAUCGAAAAUAGGCCAUAAUUUAAUUUGAAUUUAUUUGACACCCCUCUCUAAUCACAAUGGUUUCUUCCAUCAUGGACACCAUUCACUGACGUUUAUUCAGACACUGCCAGGUCUCUGCCACACACCGCAUCAUGAGUGAGUUGAAGGACUGCCCCCCACUGAAAUAUUACGACUUCAAGCCCGUCGAGCAUGUCAAGGUGUGUCCCCGCUACACUGCUGUGCUCGGCCGCUCAGAGGACGAUGGGAUCGGCAUUGAGGAGCUGGACACCCUGCAGCUGGAGCUGGAGACGCUCCUGUCCUCAGCCAGCCGCCGCCUCCGAGCCCUGGAGGAGCAGAGACAGAUCCUAACAGACUGGCAGGACAAGAAGGGAGACAAGCGCUUUCUGAAGCUGGGGAAAGACCCAGACCCAGCUGCCUCUUCUCGCCACAAACCAAAGAAGCAGAAGUUGGAUGGAAAAGGUGGUCACGCGCCUGGUCCAGGUCCUGGCAGACCCAAAUCCAAAAAUCUGCUGCCUAAAGUCCAAGAGUAUGAAUUUACUGACGAUCCACAAGACAUUCCCCGCACUCCUAAAAAUGAUGCUCCCAACAGAUUUUGGGCAUCAGUCGAGCCAUAUUGUGCUGAUAUCACAAAUGAAGAGAUACGGCUGCUAGAAGAGCUUCUGAAACCCCCGGAGGAUGAAGCCGAGUAUUUCAAAAUUCCAGCUCUGGGGAAACACUACUCUCAGCGGUGGGCUCAGGAGGAUCUGCUGGAGGAGCAGAGGGAAGGAGCACGAGCCAACGACAAGAAAAAGAGCCUCAUGGGAGGGCCGCUGUCUGAGCUGGAUGCAAAAGAUGUGGACUCCCUGUUGAAAAAGUCAGAGUCCCAACAUGAAUCUCCAGAAGAUGGAUGUCCCUUUGGUCCUCUCACACAGCGUCUGCUCCAGGCCCUUGUAGAGGAGAACAUUAUAUCCCCCAUGGAGGAUUCUCCUAUACCCGACAUUUCAGGGAAGGAUGCAAAUGAUGGCGCUGGGACUUCUCCUCGAAGCCAAGGAAAAGCUUUUAGUGUUCCUCACACACGCUCGUUGGAGGCUCGGAUCAAAGAGGAGCUGGUGGCUCAGGGGCUGCUGGACUCUGAGGAACGGCCUGGACCAGGAGGAGACUCUGAGGACGAGGUCCUGGCAGAGCUGCAGAAGAGACAAGCCGAGCUCAAAGCCCUGAGUGCUCACAACCGAGCUCGUAAGCAGGAGCUGCUCCGGUUGGCGAAAGAGGAGAUGCGCAAGCAGGAGCUGAGGCAGAGAGUCCGGGUGUCUGACAAUGAGGUCAUGGAGGGAUUUCGGCGAAUCAUGGCAGCCAGGCAGAAGAAGCGCACCCCAACCAAGAAGGAGAAGGACCAGGCCUGGAAAGCUCUGAAGGAGAGGGAAAGCAUCCUCAAGUUACUGGAUGGCUAGAGGAAGAAACCGUUAGUGUCUGGUUUUUAACCAGGAAAAAUGUUGGAAGAAGAAUCUUUUCCCCACGGAUUGACACCGAUUAGAAUUGCUGGGACAGCUGUUCGAUGGUCGGUGAACAGCUGUAUUUAUGAUGAUGUAUGAUACAGUUUACUGCAGGUCUGCGUGAUUUGAGUAGGGACAUUUCUUUAUUAGUUUUUAUGUUAUGUACAGCAGAAUGCUCAUUUGAUCAGUAACUUUUAGGACGCAUCAGGGACUUCUUUUCCUUUUGUUGAGUUGUUGCCAUUGUCAGUUGAAUUUUUAUGUUUUUUUCUUUUUACCAUUGUAAUGUUAUGAAAACAAUACACAUGAAUGUUUGAAUAAAUCAGUACCACCAUU